AUUUUAUUAUGUGGCGGUUACACUGAAACGACGCUUUGGACGACGACGGACCCUCAUGCGACGGGAAUGUCCAAGCUGAAACCCCGAGCCCAACGCACCCAGUCGGUGCCGGACGUGCUAUCGUCGCCGUUGCCUCUGUACAAACUCCCGGCGGAAGCCAAAGUGGCGAAAACUGGAUGUCCGCUACGCCUCCAAGAGCUGCCUGUGGUGCGGCAUCUCUUGAACAGCCCAACAUCCCCCGAGCCAAUCCUAGUGCCCACCUCACCUCCCACAUCGACAGCUGUUGCCCCCCCAAUUCCCCUUCCUGUUGACGAUAGCGACGACGAUGAAGACGAGACCACGCAACGCACGACGGUGUACAGCUAUUACGACCCUGCCUUGACACAUUCGGAAGCAGCGUCGACGCUCCAAUUCGAUUCGGUCUUUGAAAGCGGCAACUUGCUGCGCGCCGACCGCGUGCGACGCAUCGACCACCCCAUACAGCACGACGACGAUGCCUACCACGAGUAUGACCUGUACAUCCACCCGGACAUCAACAACAGCGCGUAUCGCCAGUGGUUUUAUUUCUCCGUCACCAACGGUCUGCCAGGCACGUCCUACCGCUUCGCCAUCGUCAACUUGGCCAAAUCCGCCGCGCUGUUCAAAGUCGGCUUGCAGCCCGUCGUGUACUCGGAGCUGGAUGCAGCCGACAACAACGUUGGUUGGAGGCACCGCGGCCACAGCAUCUCGUACGAGGCUUCGACACGCCACGAAGGCGCCAACACAUUGUCCUUUACGUACACGUUUGACAGACCAGGCGACCGCGUGUACUUUGCCUGCAUACAGCCGUACACGUAUACUGACUUGCAAGAGUACUUGGACGCGCUUGGGAACGACCCUGAAAGAUCGGUCGUGUGUCGACGAACAGAGCUGUGCUUGACACUGGCAGGCAACUCGUGCGACUUGCUGACCAUCACCGCCCCUGGCAAGGAAGGCAAAUCUGUCGAUGGAAGGCGGGUGGUGGUCAUAUCGGCACGAGUGCAUCCUGGCGAAGCCAACAGCAGCUUCAUGAUGAAGGGCAUGAUGGACUACUUGACGUCCAACGCGUGCGGCGCCGUGGUGCUGCGCAACAACUUUAUCUUCAAGAUCGCCCCCAUGCUAAAUCCCGACGGCGUGAUCAACGGCAACACCCGCGUCAACCUUGCUGGUACGAUGCAUCCUGUAUAUAUAUAUAUCAUUAGUACAAUAGGAUGGGACCUCAAUCGAAAGUGGGCGUAUCCGGUGGAGAAGCUGUUUCCGACCAUCUUUCACCUCAAGCGACUGAUCACCAACUACCAGCGCCCCCAGCCCCCCCACGGCGCCCCCCGCGUGGCCAUCUACUGUGACCUGCACGGACACAGCAUCCAGCGCAACAUUUUCACCUAUGGCUGCCACAAGGCCCCCUCUCGCAAAGUGAAGCCCCCAGGCCCGAAACUCAUCGCGUCGGACGACUCACGGGUGUUCCCCAUGCUUGUGGCCAAGCAGUCGGAUAUGUUUUCGUUCGCCCAUUGCAACUUUAAGGUCCAGCCGUCGAAGCGCAACACGGCGCGGGUGGUGGUGCACCAGGAGCUGGGUGUGAUCAACUCGUACACGCUGGAGGCGUCCUUCUGCGGCCCCGAUUUUGGCGGAAGGAAGGACACGCAGUUCUCGAUCGCCGACCUCGAAGCCAUGGGCGUGCAUUGGUGUCGCACGCUGCUCGUGUACUUUGACCUGACAGGAGAAGUGGCCGCCGCGGAGCAAGACGCAGUGGCGACAUCCAACAUCCCCCGAGAGCCGCAGCCCCACGACUGCAGCACCGACAACCUCCACGCGUUUACUGACCACGCCGCCACACCAGCUUCGUUGACCUCCACCACACUUCCCACAACCGAAGAGCAGCAGCAUGUGACUCCACACGAGGCGAAUGUCGACGAACGGCUGCUGUGGAACGUCAAUCUCUUAAGCGCGUGUGAGUCUGAGUUGUGUGGAUUGACCGAGAUGGCGCUCAAGGAAGGAGGCCUUUUCGAAGAAGUGGACAUGUGUUGCAACGAUUGCGACUCGGACGUGUCGGAAGCCGCGGACGACGCCAUUGCGCCAAACCACGAAGUGUACGCGGCGCGUCCAAAGAAAACAACGAAAAAGGUCAAAAAGACCAAAAAAGGCAAAAAAGCUGCUGGCAAAAAGAUGAAAAAACCCAAAAAAAAGAAUCGGAAAGACGACACGUAUCGCGGGGCCGAGGUGGUGCUCAAGUUGUCCAAGUCUAGCGCCGGGGCCAUCGUUGUGCCAGACUCGACGCCACUGGCGGGCCUUCUCGUCGGUCGACCGCGCUCUUCCCUGGACCUGAGCAUCGACUUGCCAUCGAAUGUGUACAUGCACCUGAAGCAGCGGCCGUCGAGCAGCAGCAGUGUGCUUAGUGUCAGUCCGACGUUCGCGUUAGCCUCGGACUUGGCCGAUCCUGUCGAUGCCAGCAGGGGGUUGGUUCGGCCAACGUCCGGGUAGACAUGCAAGAAUGAUGUACAGCCUCUAACUUAUUGUAACGAUUGCGAUUGCUUUCUUGAAAUCUGACA